AUGGUUUUACAGCACUGCACCCACACAUUGAAGGGUGUUGGCGUAGUUUCAGCGCUAUCGUUUAUUCACAGCAGCCGUUUAUUGGUUGGAUAUCUAGAGGGACAAGUGUGCAUGUUUGAUCUAAUCAAGGGAGCCACUCAGAAGUUAUUGCGAGAGUGGAGGACUCACAGCAGCCGCAUAACUGGAUUUCUGGAGUUGCCAGGGUCACGCCGUGUUGUUGUUGUAUCAAGAGAUCAAACAGCUUCGAUUUUGGAAUCGGAAACAAGAGAAGUGUUGAAGGUGUUCCCUUUAUUUGAAGCAAUCGAGUCUGCUGUAUUAGUACGUGGUCACAUGGUUACUGUUGGUGAAGAGGGAACAUUGAAGGAGUGGUCGAUCGAAUCUGCUAAACUUCUUCGAUCGAAAAAAAUUUCAGGAGCGAGGCUUGAAUCAGUGGUAUACAAUCCGGUUAAAGAUCAGCUCCUAACAACAUCUGCGGAGGAGAACAUUUUUCUGGUCUCGUUUGUCAAAUUAUCACUAGAGCGGCAGAUUGUUGGAUUCCACGAUGAAGUGUAUUCGUGUUCUUUUGUUGGAAAAGAAGAGUCUCAUCUUGCUGUUGCCUCGAAUACGAAAGAAAUACGGCUGUACAACACUUCCACGUGGGACUGUCAGUUAGUUGAAGGCCAUAGCGAAAGUGUGCUGUGCGUUGCAACGGCUCCUUUCAAUCGUCGUCUGAUGGCGUCUUGUAGCAAGGACAAUUCGAUAAUUAUAUGGAAACUUGUCUGUAAGUUAGUUUUGCGAACUGUGCAGCGGUUAAAAAUUUGUGAUGAUUUUCUGCGCGUGUUGUUGGGAAAUGGCUUUCUUGCACCCUGA